CCGGAAGGUUCACAUGCCGGGUCGCUGCGCCCUCUCGCGGUCGACGGGGGCUGUGGCCUGGGGCUCGGCUGGUCCAGGGGCUCCGAGUAGGAACACCCAUACCCUGUCUGGAAAUAAUGGGCAUGGGCCUUGCUGGGAGCUCGAAGCAAGGGGUCUUUGAUCGGAGGGCGAAAGCUGCCCUCGCCGGGGGCCCGGGUGUCAGAACACCGCCCCUCCCCACUCCCGGAGCUACACUCUGGGCGCGCGGGCCCCGCCCACCUUGCGCGCGUAACCUCGUGCGCGCUCUCGCGACCGGCGUGCGCAAGCGCCCAGGGGCUUCGCAGCCGCCAUUACUCUCCCACUGCCGGGUCCUGCGGCCUGUUAGCAGAAGUCCGCAGGCGGGGAAGGAAGGUGCCUACCCUGGAGCUAUGGUCCACGCCUUCCUCAUCCACAACUUGCGGGCUCCGCAGGCCCAGGACACGGGCCUUUGCCGAGUGCUCUACUCCUGCGUCUUUGGUGCCGAGAAUUCACCUGAUGACCCACGGCCACAUGGUGCUGAGAGGGACAGGCUCCUUCGAAAGGAGCAGAUUUUGGCUGUGGCCAGGCAGGUGGAAUCCAUGUGCCAGCUUCAGCAGCAGGCAUCGGGCCGGACCUCCGUGGACCUGCAGCUUCAGUCCUCAGAUGAGCCAGUGCCCCUGCAUGAGGCCCCACAUGGGGCCUUCCGCCUGGCAGCAGGGGACCCUUUCCAGGAGCCUCGGACAGUGGUGUGGCUGGGUGUGCUCUCAUUAGGCUUCGCCCUGGUGCUGGAUGCCCAUGAGAACCUGCUGCUGGCUGAGAGCACACUCCGGCUGCUGGCACGCCUCCUUCUGGAUCACCUCCGGCUGCUUACCCCCAGCACCAACCUCUUGCUUAGGGCUGAUCGCAUCGAGGGCAUCCUUGCCCGCUUCCUGCCCCAUGGUCAACUGCUCUUCCUCAAUGACCAGUUUGUCCAGGGUCUGGAGAAGGAACUCAGUGCUUCCUGGCCCCGCUGACCCCUCACUGGGAUGGGGCUUCCUGAGGGGCAGGGAGGGAGGACAGGGAUGGAUGGACACACAGCCAGGUGAAUCUUGGCAUUGGCCUCCUUCCCAGCCUGCUCCCAGCUCUGCUGUGCUACCACAUCCAGGACAAGUGGACGGGACAAGCUGGCAGAAAAGAGGGCUGGGCAAAGGGUGGUGAGGAGGAAUCCCGGAACAUCCUGUGCCUGGAGCUGCCAUGUGACUCAUUUAGACUGCAUAGUGGACCAGUCUCACCUGUCCUUGACCCCAGUUUCUCCCAUCCCCGGCAGCCAGCCCCCAAAACAGUCCACCAGUUGCUAGUGUUGGAGCAUGAGGAGUGGAACUCAGCCCACUUUCUCCUUCCAAACCCAUAGUCCUCACAGUGCGAAAGGAACCUGAGACUCCCAGGGUGGGGGAGCUCGUUGCUGUAUUUGCACUCACUUAGGCAACAUUUUACCAACAAGGAUUUUGUCAGUGAGGACCUGCUCAGUGUCCAGCCCCACCACAGUUCACAAAUGUGUCUGUCGUUCAUUCAGCAGUGGGAUUCUGUAGCUCUCUUUGGGCCCAUCCCUUGCCCACCAGGCAACCUCAAGAUAAUGCUAGGUUUCCUUUGUCUUCAGGGAGAGAAGAUACCAUCAGAUGGGUGCAAGAAGUCUAGCCAGGAUGAAGUUGUCUCUCUUGUUUUGAAUUAAAAGCACUGAUUGUGUGAUUUCA